AUGCCUGCUGAACUACUUUCGAUGCUCCUCAUAUACCUGCUCCUUCUCCACGGUGUCUCCUCCGCACCCCUCCCAGAGUUUAACCUACAGAGUGGUGGUAGAGGUGUUCAGAGGGAGAUUCCCACUUUUGAUGGGGUCGACUGGACCCGUUCUAAACGUGGAGUUUGUUACGAUAAGGGGAGUGAAAAGAACGUUGCUAUGGGACAUCAGUUUUAUCUAGACUGUGGGAGAUGUACUUGUGAUAGAUACGGUUUCUGGUGUAUCCCCAAGUGUUCACCCUACUACAACCCGGACUUAGAGAACUGUGUGGAAAUAGUUGACAGUCCUGACCCCUGUUGCCCUCGUCGGGAGUGCCUCCGUUACAAGGACCCCUCUAAGGGUCCCACCACCAACCCUUGGGGCAAAGGUACAAUGACACAAGACGGUUUAGAUAACCUAAUGGUAAGAACAGCGUCCGCAGAGACGGAGAGCGUAACUAUUACAGCUACUGUUACUUUAGAUGAGGGCGAAGGAACGACGAAUCCAGCAACUUCGCCAGAAUCAACCACGCAAUUUGGGGGAGCCUUCACCACGGGAAGUACCCAGAAAGUAGUUCCUAGAGCUCCUACAGAAUCAGCUACUAAAUCAGACCUUCCGUCCACUGAGCCACAGAGAGGGUCAGCAAGUUUAUCAACUGAAGCAGGGACUGGGUCAUCGAGUCCAUCAACUGAUACUCUGACUGAAAUACUGACUCCAACUAUUGCUGUAGUAACUGAAAAUUCAGUGUCAUCAAGCACAUCCUCUGCGUCCACCCAGAGACUCACAACACCCAAGAUUAAGAAGACAAGCUCAGAAAGUAGCAGAGCUCCUGUAAUAUCAACACCAGAACUCCAGUCUUCCUCCUCAGAGGGCAGGAGUUUGGGUUACAUUACAGGAACCUCAGAUAGCACUUCAGAUAGCACUGUAUCAGAUGAGCCACGUCAGCUGCGGGACGACAGCUUAUCCAGAGCCGUCACCAACUCUCUCUUUACAGUUACAGAGGGAUCCGAUCUCCCAUCUCCAGAAUCUGAUCCCCCAUCUCCAGAAUCUGAAUCUUACUCAGAGGGAUCCUACUCAACUGGAUCACCAGGACCUCAGUCUACCUCACCAAGUCAGAAACCUACUGAACAAGCACCCACUUCAACAAGGGCAGCUGUUAAAACAAGUGACUAUCCCACCAGUUCUUCAAAUCGGAACCCUUCUGAAUCAACUAGUGGUUCAGGGGUGAAUCCCCCAGAUUCAUCAACCGGUGCCAGCCAGAGUACCCAGAGUUCCCAACCCACAGGAACAACCGAAUCAGCUGCUCCAAUAACUAAGGACUCAUUUUCGGAAAUAAGUUUAAAAACGGAGGUCUUUUCAACAGAGACUGUGACCAUGUCAACGUCUGAGGACAGUGGAAUAAACUCCACUCCAGAUUAUUACUAAGUUACUAAUACUAGGAAACCUAUGAGACUGCGGUAGGGUCAAAAUAAAAGUAGGGGCCAGUGCAAAAUUAGAGAAUGCUUUGUGUUGGGACAAUGUUUCCGAGUUGCUGAUCGGACGAUAAGAGACCUGCAACUUCUGUGUAGAUAUAGGAUGAAGUGCUAGUCAUAGACUGCAAGCUAGGUGUGACGAUUAUCUAGUUCAUUGAAAUGACCAAGGCGUGGCCAAAAGAUACUGAUGUUACGAAACGAAUGACCAUGCCGAGUGAGCCAGCGACGCUUCUCCGUAGAUCUGGGAUUUUGCAACGAUAUGAUAAACAAAUGAGUAGUGCGAUAAUAUCUGUUGGUCGUAGAAUACAUGUAUUUGAAAACUUUAUUGACUGAUAUUGUAAAGAAUCUGAAACAAAUCUGCUCAAUUAGGCAUUGAGAUGUUAGAUGUGUUAUUGUUUUGUUUUUCGCUGACGCAAA